AUGGUGUUGCCACGGAGGAGGAGGGGUGGGGCGGGCACGACCCUGCUGUUGGCGGCUGCCAUUGCCUGGUUCUGGCACUCUUCCCGACAGCCGCAGGUAGUCGGUACUUCUACCGACGCGGGCCCACAAAUCUUCUCAGCUACCCAGUUGCGAGCGUAUGACGGAGUGCACAACCCCCAAAUCUACUUGGCCAUCUUUGGCGAGGUGUUUGAGGUGUCGGCGGGUGCGCGAUUUUACCGCGGUGAUGCCGAGAGCGACUAUAGUGUUUUUAGCGGGCGAGACGCCUCAGCGAGCUUCGCCACGGGUGAAUUCGAUCCCGCAAAGCUAGGCACGCCGCGUGAUGUCAGCUCCCUCACACUGCAACAGGUUGGCUUGGUCUACGAGGAAGAAGAGAUCGGCUUUUACACGCCAGCGGGCGAACCAACUCCCCUCUUGCUCGAAGUUCGGGCGCGUCUCAAGGACGUUGCGCGCGCAAAGAAAGAAGAGGAGUUGGAGGCCGAGCGAUAUCCGCAGUGCAACUCCCGAUGGCAGUCAGGCAAAGGUGGCUUCUUCUGGUGCGACGUGACACGCGUCCCUCGUCAGCCUUACUCUACAUGUGAAGUGGAUGACAGUACCUGUCCAAUGCCUUCAUAA